UGCGGUUGGUCAUCUUGACCGGAGCGUCGUAUAAAUACUGACCGCUCACCGUUGGAGGUACAUUCUCCACUUUCAGCAGAGCCGACACAUUGUACGCUGACCUAAUAGGAGUCAACAUGCUAGGCGUCUUGUUCUUUGCGCUUGUGGCCAGUGCCAAGGCUGAAUAUGGCGCGUAUGACAAAUAUCUCGCCUAUUGCAGGAGCAGCAUCGAACAGAGGAACGGGGUGGGUUACUACGAGAACCCGGACAACUGCAAGAGCUACCUUCAGUGCGACAUGGACGAAUACGGCCAAGUGCAAGUCCACGAGAAAACGUGCGCUGAUGGCACGCUAUUCGAUAGCGACGUCGUUUCGUGUGUCCCGUGUGAGAUAGCACAGUGCCAUAGGAGCAAGUUGCUGGGGCCCAAGUGCCCGCCUAUGACUCCCCCUCCCACUACAACCGAGAGCUACACCACUCUCCCCCAGUUUGACGGCAAAUGUGAAGGCCCCCAUGGCUGGACGUACUUGGCCGUCUGGGGCGAUCCAAGCAUUUUCUACCGAACUCAGGUCCUGGGAGAUGAGACCAGGAUCGAGCGUGUCAGCUGCGGACAGUGGGAGUUCAACGUACAGAGGUGCAUGUGCAUGGCGCCAGACCUCCGUCCAAUCGCUCUGUGGCCAUUCGACGAGUCCACGGACACUACAGUGGACAACUUCUGGACGGACUGCACCGGCGUUAAACUCGGCCAAGGAAGAAUCGGCUACGCUGCUCAGUUCAACGGCACCGUCCAUUGUGAAAUCCCUCGUUUUAACAACUACCCAUGGGGCUCUUCCCUCACCAUUUCUUUCUGGUAUGAGACCGCCGAGAACUCCUACAACGUGCGAGAUGGGUUGAUCAGUAACGGGAAUUGUCUGACUGAGCCCACCAUUGCCUUGUGGACGGAGCGCGGAUACCUGGGCGGUCGCGUGCUUAUUGACAACAACCAAACCCUUCUUACGAUAGAUCUUGGGGGAUCACACGGCGGAAAGGGCUGGAAUCACGUUGUCUUAUCUUACGACGGCCUCAGACUGAAAUUGUUUGUCAACGGCUACGCCGCCAAGGAUGAAAUCGCUGUCGGACAUAUCCCGGCCACAUUGUCCCCUCUGUACCUUGGUAGAGGCACAAGCUGUGAGGCAAAGGACUAUCAUGUCAACAACCAUAAUUUGAUGGGAUCUCUUGACGAGGUUCAAAUAUAUGACUGGCCUCUUCCCACAGACUACAUUGCAAGGCUCCACGCUGGUGAAAGAAAUCUCAGACUUACUCGAGUUGACUAAACAUUGCACUAGUGUCUACUGCUUCUCCAAGCUAGGUUUCUUUCAAUAAAAACAGAAAAAAUUUGAGAGGACAGUGUCAAUUAUCUCAUUAAAGUGAUCAGGCUCAGCCAAGAAGACCACAUAUCACACUGUUGCCUUUAAAUGUUAGCAUUUUGUAACAGUGUUACUAGAAGAUUUGUAACUGAAAGAUGCAUUUUAAUGCCACUGGAUAGUGGAACUGCUGAUUAAUAUUACAUAUCAACUGAAAGUGUCUGAUUGCUUCAUCUUUCAUAAAAGAGCUCAACAUCCAAGGUUACUGUCACAAUAAGAUGACUGUAAAGCUUGUCUUAGUAUUUAAUUGACAUAAUUUGGGUUUUAUAGAGAGGGUUUGAAUUCACUGCGAAAGUAAUGAUCUCAGGGAUAUGAAAAAAAGUCAUGUUUUCUUGGCUUUUUUUUCUGUAGCAUAAUCUGUAACAGGCAUAAUUUGCCAUUUCUUGUAGCAUAUAUAUAAAUAGAUA